AUAAGAGAAGUCAUUGCCUUCUCCAUUUUACUGAAAGUUUCUGAAGAUCAGUGUUUCCCAUUUCAAUGAACUCUCACUGUUAUUGACUCUUUUGAAAAAACUGAUCAACUUUCUCUUAUCGAAAACAAUGACUUUAGUACAAUUUGAAAUAUAUGUUUCAUAUAUACCACGUAUUCUUCAUAUAUCUAUGUGUUAUAAUAUAUUCUUCAUAUACUUCUAUAACUUUAAAAGAUACUGGGUCUUGAAGAGUCAGUUCCAUCAGCCUUUCUGGUUUCCCAUUGAAGUAUAUUCUUCACAUACUUCUAUAACUUUAAAAGAUACUGGGUCUUGAAGAGUCAGUUACAUCUACCCAGAUAAAAUGAAGAUAUAUAAUGAACAAAAAUAAAUGAAGAUAUAAAAAACAGUAAAAUAAUUAAUUUUACCCAUUACUUUGUCAUCAACCACCCUUAGGAACUGUAUUACUUUGAACUGCUGAAACUCAAAGACAGGGUUGCGAACCAGGUCAGGCUUGAUUUGUUUUAUAGCUGUUUUGGUGAUAACUCCAGAAUGUAGGCAUGGGUUGUAAUUGAUCAUGUAUCAAUGAUCUGAACAUCCCCAACUGCGGCCUUCUUACUACAUGAAUUUUGUCACCCUGCAAAAUCAACAAUGGUAAAAUCAGUAGUAUUAUACUACCUCUGAUGAAAGAAUGCCCUGUUCUAUUUUCUACCACUUAACACCACUUAAAGCCUUUAUCCCCGUCUAGACUGGGUAAAUAUCUCUGAUGAAAGAAUGCCCUGUUCUAUUUUCUACCAUUGUUGUAUGUCGUGUGAUUGUGGGAUGUGCUAUUCAUCAAAGUGAGACUGUAUUUAUACUGCAAUUGAGUCAUUGAGUCAAUAUCCAUCAGAUAAGAAAUACUACGUAGUUAAAACCAACAGAUAUUUUUAUGCAGAUCACAAUAGAGUGCUGAUAUCCGAAGUAUCUAUGCGUUGUGCCAUCCAUUAAAUGCAAUUGUACUUUAUAGACAUUACUACAACAAUAACAUUCUUUAAAAAAAUAAUAUUCAUGUCAGCUAGCCUUAUACUCCAUUAAAUGUGUUGUACUCUAGAGAUCACAAAAAAAUCUCUAGGAAAGAAAUAAGGAUGAGCCAGCAGUACAUUUAAUGGUUUCAAUGACAGAACAGGGUAGAAUCUUUGCAGGUGUUUCCAAAAGGUGUAGGUUUGACCGAAUUAUUGGUUGAAGUGGUUCAACAUAUCUGCCAAAUAUGUUCAGUAUUUGCAAAAAGAAAAAAAUAUGUAUCUGGACAUAUUUGCCAAAUAUGUCAGUCUUCCUAUUGGUCAAGAGGGGUGGACGCGGAUCGCCAUCUUGGAUCGUGAAGCGAAGGGCUUGGAUCGCAUUAAAAUAAGAUAUUCCCAACAUAUUUGCCAAAUAUGUCGGUCUUCCUAUUGGUCAAAAAUAUGGGGCGCGGAUCGCCAUCUGGGAUCGCCAGCUGAAGGGUGUGGAUUGAUUCGAUCUAUUUGAGCAGAUUUACGAAUCUGUUGUAAUAAAUUAAUAUAUUUCUCAACAUAUUUGGUGAAUAUGUCUGUGCUCCUAUUGGUCAGAAUAAGGUGGUUCGGAUUGUCAAUUACUCAACAUGUUUGCCAAACCUGCUCUAUAAAAUCCACCACAAACCUCACCUCACAACCCCAUCUCACGGUUCCAAUCUGUCUUCUAACUUCUCCAAAUUUUGGCCAUCUCCUUCAUCUUAACCCAAGUUUUCAUGGCUACACAGAGAGAGCACCCCCAUCCCGGGCCCAUAAAACGUUCUGUAUUGGUAAUGAAACCUGGAGAACAUCGUGCCGAUAAUGUGUGGAAAACUGAAGAGUCGAGAGACCUAAAAUUGAGGUGCAUUACUUACCCCAAAUCCGCCAAAGACGAUGGCGAACGUGAUCCUAGAGUCGUACAACUGCUGAGGGCAUCAGGCUUUCAAGGAGCUGAACGAGUAGUACAAAUCAAAAUUGAUCACGGUCUUAUCACUGCAUUGGUUGAGAGGUGGAGACCAGAAACACAUUCUUUCCAUUUACCUUUUGGCGAGGUCGGCAUUACCUUGCAAGAUGUACAGGUGCUGCUGGGGUUACCGAUUGAUGGUCUCCCACUUACUGGUCCGACGGCACAUAGUAAGACUGAAUGGGUCCAAAUGUGUGAUGAUUAUCUUGAUUUCAGACCAUUUGAAAAAGAUAUAAUAUCAUCCAACAGCAUUAGAAAUCUAGCCAUUCAACGCUUUUUGUUGUCUCCGUGGAGCACUGACAUUGAAGUUAUUCAACAUACUAAAACGUUGAUUUGGCAGUUGCUCAGUGGGUUGUUGUUCCCUAGCACUUCCGGUAGAGUGUCACUUUACUUUCUUGAGUUGUUGCAUGACAAUGUAGAGAAUUUGACUAGGUGGAGUUGGGGCUCAGCUGUGUUGGCAUUUCUGUACCACAACUUAUGUGAGGCGGCGAAGGCGGACACAUCUUCGAUUGGAGGAUGUUUAAUCCUUUUACAACUUUGGGCAUGGGAGAGGUUGCCAAUGGUUCGACCCCAACGGGUUCUUCCACUGCAUGCAAUAUUUGAUUUGCCCUAUGGUGCUAGGUGGGCUUGUGCACAUAACUGGGCCGACUCUAGCAGAUUCACUCUUCGCAUUUAUAGGGACCAAUUUGACCGAUUAAGCGAGUCGGAGUUUGAAUGGACACCUUACCCGCUUACUAGUCUUCCAGCUUUUUGCACUCAUGCAUUUGAUCUGUGGGCAACUAAAGCUCCACUUAUUUAUUGUUCAUAUUUUGAGGCAUACUAUCCUGGUAGAUUUUGUCGUCAAUUCGGUGCAGUCCAGGAUAUACCUAGGAGCGUGACUCAUAACGACCGUCACCAUGCUACUAGACCAGAGAACAACGCUGAGUUUAUUACAGAAUGGGAGCAACGAUGGCAAACAUUAUAUGUGUUUGACCUGACCAGAUGCGGGGGAUUCACUGAUGAGUAUCGUGGGUGGUUUCGUUACAUGGGCAAGACACACAUUAACAACCCCUCACAAGACCGUCCUACAACCGGAUUUGUUCCAGCUCAUCCACAUAUUGCUAUCGCGUCUCACGGUUUGGGCCAGGUUGCUCGGGAAAUGAUUGACAGAGGUGACCCUCGAGAUUGUGGGAUGAUUGAGCGAAUCAGGAAUUGCCUAAGGCGGAUAGGUGCAGAAGAAGCAAUGGAUCACGACAUCAUCACAUUUGAAGAUGUUGAUGAAGGACACGCAUCGCCCGAUGCUCAUGGCCAACAGACUAGACCAGGGUAUGGGUUACAUGAUGAUGAUACAUCUCAUGAUACACCCAUGGAGCCGCCAUCCACAGUUGGUAGUUCCUAUCACGCACAUGAAAUUUCCCAACAUCAGCAGUGGCCUAAUUUUAGUUGGGCUGACAUAUUUGGCAAUGAUCACCUCAGUGGAGCGACCGGCGGUGCAGGGACGAGCUCACAAUAUUAGUUUAUAAUAUUUAUAUUACUGUAAUAUUAUUAACAUUAAUAUAAUAAUAUCUUUGUGCAAUGUAGUAUUAUAAGUUGAAUCAUAUGAAUGUUAUUGUCAUAAUAUUCAUAAUAAUAUCCCUCCCUCAUUUAAUAAAAUUAGUUUAAUAAUAUUUUUUUAAUAUGUGAGUAAUAA